AUACAUUCUUUUCGUACGCAAACGAUUCCUGGUGCAGUGUGGGUACAACUCUACUCCGUUUAUUGUAACUUGAGAACGCGAGGGACUUAGAGUUCGAUUAAAAGUGUGUUUUCUGUAGGAAUUGGAAAAGAUGAAUUGGUUAACGUUCGUGUUAGUUCUGUUAACGUUUGCAACGGUUUCUUAUGCUAAAUAUGGCAGUUAUGAUGAUUUCGAUGAUCCUUCUGAGGCCAAUCGAGAUUGGGGUUACAGAGGGGAGGGUACCCCAGCUGAGAAGCCCAACGUGUGCGUAUCGCAGCCCCUGGGCGGCAUCGACUGGAUUCUCUCGGUGAGGCAGCCGGACUACGGCUGGAGAGAGGAGACCCACCGUGCAGUGAUCGUCUUGGCGGUCAACAAUUGGAAACACCUGACCCCUCAAGAGAUACAACAAAUGGAGCUGCAGUUAGAAGUGGAACUCACGAAAGCACUGCUGAGGAAUCACACAUUUGAGCUUCAUCCGAAUGAUUUGGCUCUGUACAUCCACGCUCUGAUCGCCACCAAGCGAAACCCGCGCAAUUUCUACGGCAUCGACUUGGUGAGCAGACUGUCCCACCUGGUGAGCGGGUCCUACUACCAGGUGCACCCGUUCCUUCUGCUGGCACUCUGCAACGCGAAUGAGAAGCCCAAGCACACUCUGUCCUUUGCGCAGUGGAUGCAGCAGAAUCGCCACUUUGGGAAAGAUAACCUUGAAUAUAUGGCGCUGGCAUUGAAUGCAUUUGAAUGUCUGAAGACACUGAACUAUCCAGUGGACGAACGCUUCAUGAACGAUGUCAGACACAGUAUCGCCGCCCACCAACUUCAGGACGGCAGUUUUGGUAACGUUUACACUACGGCAUUGGUAGUACAGGCUCUGGCUUCGUCGCCAAACUCCUUGGAUUGGAAUAAGCAGAGGGCUCUAGUCUACUUGAGAAGUCAGUCCACUGUGGACCUGAACAUGAUCUCCACCUACCUGAUUGAGCUCGCUUUGAAUUCUGAUAGAAUAAAAUUUAUCAAAGACCUCCAUCGCAACUUAGACAUGGGUCCUGCGCCCGAGAGGCGAGACAGGGAUCACUACUUCGUGCAGUACACCGUGCGAGUGGAGGAGAACCCGGAUGUUUACUUCACAAUCAGUAUUAAAGUGCCUCCAGCAUCCAACUUCUAUUACAUUAUGAAUGAGAGCGCCAAGCACGAUGCAAAGUUCAACUUUUCAUCGUAUGCCGACAAGAAUGGUAACCCGGUCAUCUACUCCAUCGCCGGCGUCCCGAACGACGCCGAGGAGAACCUCUACUGGAGGCUGUGCCUGCAGACUGAUGUCAAUCACAACCGACACGACGCCGUUCUAAAAACAAUAUACGACUCUCCCAUUUCUUUCGUACCGAAAGGAUACGACCACAUCAUCUACUGGUACAAGAACAGAGAAUGCGAAGAAACGUGAGAUGCGCUUGUGUUCAUUUUCGAAAGGACUGCCUGUCCAAUUUUUGUUCAUUCCUGAAAGAAUGUGUUCAAUCGUUAUUUACACUUGUUAAAAUAAAGUUGAUUUUUCUUGUA